CGGCUGAUAGUGUAAUUAUAUAUCAUUAAUGAAAAAGUUAGAUUAUAAAUUUCUCCAAAUUUAUAAAUAGAGAUGGAUAACAAAAGAUCAUUACUAAUAUUUAUCGAAAUUUACGGCGAUGUAAAUAAUUAGCUUUCGAUAAAUUUAAAAAAAAAAUAUCCUUUUUUGGUUAGUUAGGAUACGUUACGGAAAAUGAGACAGUUUGAUGACAAAAUUAUAUACAUGUUAAAUACAACACUUCCUACAGAAUCAUUUAAAAGCGAUGUAAAUCCAACAUCAAAGUGUAAAGAAUUAUACGAAGAAGUUCAGAGUAGUCAUAUUCAGCGACAAAGUGCGAUCAAUAAAUGUUUAAACAUUGCUAAAGAAAGAGUGAAAUACUUAAAAAAUCAAAAGGAAAGUCAAGGGAAUGAUCCAAUAUUUAUAAAAACUUUAAGAAAAGAACAGAAUAAUUUGCGCUUACUACAAUCAGAAGUUGGUGUGGAAGAAGUUUUGAGAAAUCGUACAAUGCAAGUUUAUCAUGAUAAGUGUCGCAGUUAUUAUAAGCCACCGACUAUAAGUCCAUAGAAUUUACAUGAUGAAUUCUUCCACAUGAUGUAUAAUUUGAAAAAGAGUAAUGUAUGUAUGUAAUAAUUAUUACAAUAAAAAAAAUAGGUAAUUUGUGGAUAAUGAAUUACAUAAAAUCAAUAUGGAAGGAUUCUUUCUGCUGUUGCAGUGUACAAAUUAUCUUGCUGGUAAUAAAAUAGUUAAAUGUUCUUUGAUAUCAAUAACAGAAACAUGAUCGUACGUUUUUAUGAUAAAGUAAUUUUUUAUAAAGAUUAAGAUAAUUAGAGUUAACAAACAAACAUAAACUAUCUUGUUAUGCACAUAUUGAGGAUCUAUUAUUGAUCCUAUUUAUUAGAUAUAUUUUUUAUAAAGAAAAAAAAGAAAAAAAAAAAACAAACAUGUUUUCUCUUUCUUAACAUAAAUGAGAAAUACAUGGCUACAGACAAAAUAUAUUUUAAUUUCGAAAAUAUUCUUACUUGAAAAUUAAAAUUAUAUGAUUACAGUAUAAGUAUGAAAGUAAUGAUAGCAAUGGUAAUAUUUCAUUACAUCUAUGUACGAAAAAUAUUAUUGCAAUAUAAAUAAUUAUAUGCAUAUAUAUUUUUUGAGCUAUUUUAUAAAAAUAGCUUUUACUUGCAUAUAAUAAAUAUAGUUAACUAUUUUUUAAAGCUAUUGAAAAUUAUUAUAUCAUUCUGAGUACUAUCACUUUAUAAUUCCAAAAAUACUGCAUGCAAAAAUAAACAUUUAAAUUAUUACAUGUUAUAUUCAUUGGUUUCUAUAACAUAAAUAUCUCUAUUGAUUUAAGUGCUUCACUUUUUAUCUUCAGCUGCUGUUUGUUCUUUUCGUAAGCUUUUUUGCCAUUCCAAAUCUCUUUUAGUCAGUGUAUUUCCCCUUGCUACUUCUCGUUUUCCACUUAUAGCAGCAAUUAGAAAUCCUAUUACUGAAAUUACUAUCAUAAUGUUGCAAGUGCGUACUCUAGCUUUACUUCGUGCAUUCAAUAUACAGUCACGUCUAUUAAAAAUAAAAAAUUAAGUUAUUUAUAUUAUAGAACAUUUUAUAAUAAUGCUAAUAUAUUUCCAAAAAUUAAUUAUAUAUUAGUUUUUUGCUUACGUGACUUGUGCAGGUACAUCAGCCAUAGACGGGUAUCGUUUAACCCAUACUAAUAUUCUUUUGUCAAAAUUAGUAACAGGGUGCAUGUGAACUCCUGUAACAACCCAGUCAAAAAUUAUUAUAAGUACUUUUACUUUUAGACAAUAAAUAAAUAAUACAUUUCUUACCAA